ACGGCUUUCGAUCGGUGCAAGUAAACAUGUCGUCGAAUUUCUCUGCAAACCAGUAUGAGAGCGCUUUCAAGUCGAGUAAACUCCAGAACUGGACGGUACCAAAACAAUACAAAGACAAACGGUCACCAGCAGAGGGUCACACUAUAUUUAUAGCUACAGACAGAGGACACCUGCUUCCUGCUGUGAAGCGUGGAUGUCCCUGGACCUCAUUCCAGGGGACCUGGGACUUACCAAAUCGCAUCUUUCCAGUUCACAUUAACCCUACCGCACGCUCACAGGAGGGCCAGCAGCGUCUCAGGGCUUGGGGGCAGGUGCAGCACCUGGUUCCAUCAGCCCUUGGGAAACUAAAUGAAACUAAUGAAAACAGCAGGACACCACAGUGUAAGGGCACCAGUGAUGAUCAUCAGUAUGAGGGAUUUCCUGUGAGCACUCUUGCUCCAGAUGGACCUGAACUGGAAAGGACCAUAUCACAGGCCAGUCAAGUUCAGUCGAGACCAGCAACUCAGCAAAGCCAAGUUCAGUCGAGACCAGCAACUCAGCAAAGCCAAGUUCAGUCGAGACCAGCAACUCAGCAAAGCCAAGUUUAGUUGAGACCAGCAACUCACCAAAGCCAUGCUGAGUCUCAACCAACCUCAAGACAAAGCCAGGCCACGUUCAGACCACUGAUGCAGGCCAGCCAAGCUUAAUCCAGACUAACAAUUGCGAUUAGUAAAGCAGCAGUGUAUAAA